AUGGCAUCUCAGGGGCCACAACCGACCUCGAGAGGGGGCGGCACGGGGAAUGGUUACCCCGGCGGCCCCCGGCCGGAUGCGUGGCGCGAGCCCGCGACCUUUGCUGUGCGCUGCGGCUGGGCCAUGGCAGCCAGGAGGCUGCCCCGCCUGCCGCUCGCCAACCUACCAACAACCUCUUCCACGCGCCCAGCACCAACAACACCACCACAAAGGGCCUCGGCAACAGGGCGGCGGGGGAGGGAGGCCAUUGGGGAAGGGGAUGAGGGACCGGAGACGCGCAGGGACGCGUGCCUCCUUACAGCUGCCAAAACGCCCGUUCGCCCAACACCACCGCGAACAGGGGCCGCCCCCGCCCGCUCGUCAGGGAGGACACCCCCUCCAGGGGGACCCACGCCCUCGCCGCACCGCGGCUUCGCUCUGGGGACCUCCCCGAGCCUCGCUGCCUCGGCCUCAGAGCCCUCUCAGGAGGCGGCGGAGGGAGGAAGGAGGGCCCGACCAGGGCCUGCCUGCCUGGACGACAACCAACCCCGCCCGGGGACGGCGGGGAGCCGACCACGCUCGGGAUACCCGUCCGCGGCCGCGAGGGAGCCCGCCCACCGAGGCCUCGCUCGCCGGCCCCGGCGCCGCCCGCCCGCCAGCCAGCCAGCCAACGCCAGCGACCCCCCUUCGUCCCCAUACACUUGCCUUGCCCGCGCUCCCGGACGCCCGGGAGGCCCGGGAGCGCGCAGCCCGGCUGCGGCCCGCAACACAGCAGGGCGAAGCUGCUCGGAGGCAGGGAACGUGCUGCACGGCCGGACCAAGAGGCCAAGAGGCGAGGGCCAGCGUGCGCGGGUGGUCGAAAAAGGGGCCUUGCCCGCUCGCAAGGCCAACGGCAACGGCGGCAAGCGACCGUCCGCACACGGCCUGCCUGCCGUCCGUCGUCCGUCCACCAACUGCGGCCACAGCCAGCUCGAACCCCUGCCGCCAACCGACCGUCACGGCCGGGGGAAGGCGGCGCCCAGGCCGCCCGACCGCGACCGCCAUGGGGCCGCCGCCUCGCCCCGCGCGUCUCGCUCUCUCUCAGCCGCUGGCCCGGACCAGCCGCGCCCCCAGUAUAGGGUUAGCGGCGCGGCCGUUCACCCACCACGACCGGGAACAGGUCCUCCCGCUGCUCCUGUCCCACCGGGUGGAGGGCUCAGAGGAACGACGCCGGCAACCGGUGUACCGGCUUCGGGGCCAGACCCCGUUGGCAGGGGAAAUUCUCGUAAAUCCCCCGCCCGCAGGCCCCGCAAAAUGCCCUGGAAACCUCGUAUGCAGACGGUUCGGUACGGCACACCGGACGUGGUUUGCUCUGUAUCGAGGAAGCUGGUGUCCAAAGGGAGGCCCCCCUUCAAGCUCCGGGGCGGCGGCCCACCGCCCCCGGGAGGGAGCGGUUUGGCGGGCCGUCGACUGGACCUCCCCCCUUCGACCGUCAGAAACAGCCGCGUGACUUCCCCUUGCAUGGGCACAGUCCGCCUCCCUUGGCUCUCGCCGGGCUCGCGUCUAAACUCAGUUUAG